AUAAGAGAGUAAGAGAGGAUUACUCAUUUCUUAUAAACAUGUUAAAGACCUUGUCCACAAACAAAAUGUAGAAUUAUUCAUUAAUAUUGUUCCUCACGUACAGGUCAGUAUUUUUCUUAGUCUUUGUUAUAGGGUAAUUAGUGUGAAUUCCUAUUCAUCCUAUGGCAGGUUCUGAUACCAUGAAGAAAUUUAUGAGUUUAACUCAUCUCAUAAAACCGAUUCAACAAAAGAGAGUGGCUCAUUCUUUAUAAAUAUGUCUAAGAUAUUGUCCACAGACAAUAUUAAAUUAUUACUCAACACAAAUGACAUAAGUAUAUAGCGUGCUUGAUUUUGACGACUCCUUGAAAUUUAAUUCCGGAUAAAUUCUCUCUAAAUUGGAUUGAAACUUCUUCCAACUCGUCUAUAGAUAUGACGUUGACGAGUCGUCUUAGAAAUAAUCAAUCGUCUUAGAUUUCUGCGAUGUCCUCAUCAUGUGUUCCCUUCAUGUUGUCAUUUUAAACAGUGCCAAGAAAUUAUGUCGUCAUAUUAACGAUACUGUUGGACCAUCUGGGACAUACUGGAUGUGUAUAUAAAGAAGGUCGAGUUUGUGACUUUGAACGCAUCAGAUACAAAUACGCUUUGUAUUAAAAAGAGAGAGUCAAGUAAAAAUAUGAGUGAAAGCACUUUGGAUCUGUUGCCUGAAGAUUGUUUUACACAGAUUAUGUCUUUGACAUCUCCUCAAGAUGUGUGCCGAUCAGUACUGCUCUCUUCACUGAUCCGUUUCGUGGCCGAUUCAGACACUGUUUGGGAGAAAUUUCUGCCACCAAACUAUGAAGAAAUUCUCUCCAGAUUAGUCUCUCCUUUUGUUUAUUCGUCCAAGAAAGAGUUAUUCGCCAGGUUAAGUAAUCCACAGCUAAUUGAUGGAGAUAGAAAGAUCUUCUCAAUAGAGAAAUCAACAGGCAAAAAAUGUUACAUGUUGAGUGCAAGGGACCUUUCAAUCAAGUGGGCCAGCCAUCCUCUAUAUUGGUCCUGGAAACCGCUUCCACAAUCAAGAUUUGCAGAAGUUGCUGAGCUCAGGACCAUUUCCUGGCUGGAAAUCCUGGGAUUGUUGAACACCAAUCUGCUAUCACCAAGAACACUCUACGGCACCUAUCUCAUUGUCCACUUUGCCAAUCGUGCUUACGGUUUAGACACUUUGCCAUCGGAGGUCUCUCUCGAAGUUGGCAACGUCGUCAAAUCACAAGGGACAGUGUAUCUAAGUCGCUCAUGUGACAGUAAGAAACAAUUUUCGGAGCGUUUAUGUUGUGUGAGGAGUUGGCAGAGAUCAAAGUUCUGUUCUACAGAGAAACAAGUUCCUGUUGAGCGCAAAGAUGGAUGGAUGGAGAUUGAGUUGGGACAGUUCUAUAACGAUCAUCAACAAGGUGACGAGGAGGUGAGGAUGUGCUUAAAGGAAGUGAAGGGUGAGCAUCUCAAAGGUGGUCUGAUUGUCGAGGGAAUUGAACUCAGACCUAUACAACUUCAUUGAAGAUCUUUGUUCUAAAACUUAAUGAUCUUUUGGGACCC